GCGCCCGAUGACUGGAUGCGUCUAAGUUGCUCAGUUUAUCGGACAGUGGCACUCUAGAACUGAAGCGUCAUAUACACUCGGCGCUGUAUCAGGACCGGUGAAAAUCCCACCAUCGUUUUAGUCAAACCAGAUUUAAGCGGCUACAAAAAGACACCCUUGCAGAGUCCGCACCUAAGUGCAUGAAAUAAGGGGUUGUAGAAUUUGGAAGGAGGAAAAUCGAAAACCUCCAGAAGCGAGGAGGUACCGGUUGUUCGAACAGCCGACGAGUGUCGAGCCCUUCUCAAAGGGAACACCGAGCGUUCCAGUGAUGGAUGCCGUGCGUCAAGCCGGCGCGAUGCCAGUGAACGUUGCGCUGGUGUUGUUGGCGUCCUUGUUGGUUCCGCUGGUGGCUUUGACCUGGAACCAUAUUGCUAUGCUCAUCCGUGCCUGGAGGAUGCUCAGGACUGUUCCAGGACCCCCGGAUUGGCUACCCAUGGCCUACGUGUCGUCAGCGAAGAAUUCGAUCUCUAGAGCCUCGUCUACUCCCGAAGAAUUCAAACUUCUGGCCCUACAGUUCGUGAUAGGCUUCACACGGAUCGUGCAGUCAACGAAGCUCGCCCUGUACAAGGUCUACAUCGGAGUUUGGCCCAUCGUCUUUCUCUGCUCGGCUGAGGCAGUCGAGGCCCUGAUGAAAAGCAACACGCUUCUGGACAAAGCCCUGCUCUAUGGCCUGAUGAAUUCAUGGCUUGGCACGGGACUGCUCACCAGCCCGAAGCGCAAGUGGCGGGCCCGGCGCAAACUGCUCACGCCGGCCUUCCACUUCAAGCUGUUGGACGACUUCGUGCCAGUCAUGGUGGAGCACUCUCGCGCCUUCUCGAACCGCCUGCGCACGCUCUCGCAGCAGCAGGCGCCGCUGGACGUGGUGCCGCUCGUAUCGUGCUGCACGCUGGACGUCGUCUGCGAGACUGCCAUGGGAGUUUCAGUGAACGCCCAGGAAGACCAUGAUUCUCCCUAUGUCAAAGCAGUUAAAGUCGUGUCAGGAUCCUUCUUGUCGCGCUUCGUCAGCCCCUGGAAGUGGGUCGACGCCUUGUUCUUCAGUAACCCUACGGGGUGGAAUGUCAAACGAAAUGUCGACUACCUGCACCGCUUCACCGAACGGAUCAUCCAGUCCCGCAAGAGCGAGUACUUGGAAAACCCGCCGGUUAUCGCGGCCUCGGAAGACGAAGUGGGCCGGCCUUACGGCGGAAAACGGCUUGCCUUCCUCGAUAUCCUUCUCAUGAGCCACCUGAGGGAUCCGAGCUUCACCGAGGAAGGCAUCCGCGAGGAGGUGGACACCUUCAUGUUCGAGGGCCACGAUACGACGGCGAUGGGCAUCUCGUUCACGCUGUACUUGCUGGGCUUGUAUAAGGAGGCACAGGAUAAAGUUUAUCAGGAACUGGAGACCAUCUUCGGGGAGGACGUCGAACGUGCGGCGACCGUGGAGGACCUCAAGGAGAUGCGUUACCUGGAGUGCGUCAUCAAGGAGAGCCAUCGUUUAUACCCACCUGUACCUGUGAUGGCCCGGAACGCCGACGAAGAUGCCGAAAUCCUGGGCUACCGCAUCCCUCGCGGCUGCACUUUGCUGGCCGUCAUGUACUCGCUGCACCGGGAUCCGCGGUUCUUCCCAGAGCCCGAAGAGUUCCGUCCGGAGCGGUUCCUGCCCGAGAACUGCGUCGGUCGGCACGCGUACGCUUACGUGCCUUUCUCGGCUGGACCGCGCAACUGCAUCGGUCAACGCUUCGCCCUUCAAGAGGAAAAAGUGGUCAUAUCCACAGUUCUGCGUCACUUCCGCUUGCACAGCCCCGAUCACCGCGACACCAUACGCCUCACGUGGGAGCUGGUGCUGAGGCCGGUGGACGGACUUAGGGUGCAGUUCCUUCCGAGGAAGUCGGCGUAGCCGUUUCGUGGAAGCCCGGGCCUCGUUCCUCACAACGCUGCCUUCAACGCGCACGCUCAACACAGAGGGCUCAUUCGUCCAAGUGGAGCGGGGUGACGUCCACACAGCCAAAGGAAACACCACAUGGAGGACUGCUUUCAGUGUUCCUUAUUGGACCGAAGUUGUACGAACGCUGCCAACGCAGUGAUGCCGACACGAGCGUUCUCUGCAUUGUCCGUGCUGAUAAAAGUCCCGCCUCAAAACGGUGCUGCCCACAAAAGACACUUAACCACACGCUUCUCGUCUCUAUCGAGGGCCUAAAGGACGCCUAAAAGCACCUUUGUCACAUGUGAGGAACGCCUCGAUAGAAAGACGGGGGACUUCCUUGUGCUACGCGUGAGCGGGAAAAAUACGAACUUGUAUGUCCAUCCUAGUGUCUACGUGUAUGUGACCCCGGUUCGUGUUUACCUACUCUUGUUUCUUUGUCAUUGCCGAUGCUAUGUCCAGUCAUUAUGGGUCAUUCCUAAGCAUUAUUGGGCGAUCACCGAUUGUAGCGCAUGUCAGCCGCUCGAGUGUCGCACGAGUCACACCCUGUUCACACGGAGACAUCUUGUGAAGUAUAUGCAAUGUUCAUUUGCUGUGCUGUUGUACCCGCUAAAACGAAGCUUUCUUGAGCUGUCCUAAUGGGUAUAGCCAUCCUUAAGGCGUCACGUGAGUCGUAAUACGAUGUAGACAAGCUAAAGAAAUGCUGUAGACACGCUGUAUAGACAUUGUGUCCUUUCAUUAACUGGCAUUUUUUUGCAAUAAAACGUCACACAUUCUUUACUCCUUAUAUGCACUGGCCGACCCUUAAUUUCAAUAUAUCUAGUUAAUAAUUUCGCUUCUACUUGUUCCUCGAAAUUCUCUUUAUAUUCUUGAUUUCUUCCACCUCCAGAUUCCUGCCCGAUCCUCCAAAGUGGGCUGCGCAAAUUACAGUAACGAACGACCAACCAGCCAACUCUAUGCAGUACUGCUAUUCCUACCGAACGCUACGGACAGUAUUCGACAACCAUUGUCUGAAGUAUCGAGGCGCGGUCCCAAAUCAGCAAGUAGCCACUGUUACGGAUCGCAGCAUUCCGUUUACAAGAACUCAAAAUUUAAAUUUUGUAUGUUCAUACGCAUGGGUCAUGUGGCGCGGUAACGGUGCUGCGCAAACGCGCAGUCACCAGCAUUCUAGCAUUGUUGAGCGUACUUCAUUAUGUCAUCUCAAACAACUCGUGUUCUGCAUGACUGCACGAAUGCGCGUCUGGGAGUUUCAUUUUUGAAUUGAACUAUUUCUUCUGUUCUUACCUGUCGUUAUCGCUGCCGUGCGGCAGAAGCGAGCGCCACUUCAAGGCGUCAUGUUUGCUAGAACAUCGUAUGUGUAUGUUCGAUUUACCUGAUGCAAGUGCGAGCACAUCAACAUGGCGUGUUGGCACCCGAUUCGGGCGCCCCAUGAAAGCUGUGUUAAACCUUUCCUUCGUAUCAGUGCAGUAAAGAUUGAGCGACAA